UUGAAGUCAUGCUAAGCAAAAUAGGAACAACGGGCCUCCUCCGGCACAAGGGGCACAAAGACCGACGUGAGAAGAAGCGUUUUCGUUUCCGCGGGACGCAACCCUUCAAGGCGAUGGCUGAGGUUGUCAACAUUGAGCCCCCGUUGUGGCGCUUGGAUAGGCCACACCAGGAUGACCCCAUCUGCUUCACGGUGAAUGUGCAAAACGUUCCACUGAACAUGGAGUUGGACACUGGAGCAGCCGUGUCGGUGAUAUCGCAGCAGGACUACCAAUCAUAUUUUCCGGAACUUCCGUUGUGCCCCACCUCCGUGACACUUCGUACUUACACAGGACAGUGUGUUCAUCCGAAAGGCGUUACAAACGUCGAAGUGCAGCACCACGGCCAGAAGUGUUGUCUGCCCCUGUACAUCCUAACACAGCAGGGACCACCACUUAUUGGGAGGAUCUGGCUUCGUGACCUCCACUUGGACUGGAGUACCCUCCACUAUAUGCGCCAGGAUGGAAAGGGCCUUGCAGAUCUCCUAGAGAAAUACUCGCAAAUCUUCACGGAUGAACUCGGCCAAGUACAAGGUGCAGCUACUGGUGAGAGUACAACACUUGACUGUAAAAGGCGUUCACAAUGGAACUCGGAGAAGGAGUUGUUAUACUAAUGGCACUGUGCAGAAAGGUAAUGGCACUGAAGAUGACAUUGGACAUUUUUGGGUUUGUUUUCUCUUUCUACAUGCAUAUCGUUCUGAACAAUAAAGUAUCACAUUAUUUUU